GUAUGGUUUCUCUUUUUUGAUUUUCUCUCAUUUACUUUCUCUCCCAACUUCCCCAAUUAUUGAAGUCCACUGCAAGUGUUUCGACUCACGGGUUGGCUCACUGAGUUCGCUGCCGUUGCAAACAGUACCUAACUACCCUGCUUGACGUUGAACUUUCCAAUUCCCAGAGCCUGCUUAACGUUGAACUUUCCAAUUCCCAGAGCAUAACACAGAAUCAAGAGAUAGAGGAAGAAUCAAGAGAGAAAGCGUGUUUUAGAGAGAGAAGAAAGUGUUCGUACUAGAGAGAGAAAGAUAGUCUGAUCUCUCUAAUGGCUUUGAAUUCGACGAAGAACAAUCUGAUAUUACCAGUGACUGAUGCUCCGAGAGGCGAUGACAAGCUUUUCAAAGGAUCAGCAAUGACCAAAAGAGGAGCUUUCGCUGCAAUCUCAUACAUGUCUUGUGCUGUGCUCUUGGUACUGUUCAAUAAAGCUGCUCUUUCUUCUUAUAACUUCCCAUCUGCAAAUGUCAUCACACUUUUCCAGAUGAUAUGUUCAUGUUCUUUUCUUUAUGCGUUACGACGCUGGAAGAUUAUUUCCUUCAAUGGGGGUGAAUCCUUGACUAUCACUGAUAACUCCACAGCAUUUGUACCAUUAAGAACACUGAUUCACACCUCCCCGCUUGCACUAGCCUAUUUGCUUUAUAUGCUAGCCGUGAUGGAGUCUGUGCGGGGAGUAAAUGUACCCAUGUACACCACCCUCAGGAGGACAACUGUGGUAUUUACAAUGUUUAUGGAGUAUAUUCUAACAGGGCAGAAGUAUACAUCUUCUGUCGUUGGAAGUGUAGCAUUGAUUGUUCUUGGUGCAUUUGUUGCGGGAGCUCGGGACUUAUCGUUCGACUCCUAUGGCUAUGGUGUUGUUUUCUUAGCCAACAUCACGACCGCAAUAUAUCUUGCAACUAUAGCUCGUAUUGGGAAAUCUAGUGGCCUCAAUAGCUUUGGCCUUAUGUGGUGCAAUGGAAUAUUAUGUGGACCAUUCUUACUGUUUUGGACAUUUGUUCGGGGUGACUUGGAGAUGACGAUGAAUUUUCCCUAUUUGUUUUCACCUGGCUUUCUGGUUGUGUUGCUUCUAUCCUGCAUACUGGCUUUCUUCUUGAACUACUGUAUAUUCCUGAAUACAACUCUUAAUUCAGCACUCACGCAAACAAUUUGUGGAAAUCUGAAGGAUUUUUUUACCAUUGGACUUGGCUGGAUUAUUUUUGGAGGGCUUCCAUUUGAUACUUUGAAUGUUAUCGGGCAACUUCUUGGGUUUUUUGGAUCGGGUUUAUAUGCCUAUUAUAAGCUUGUAGGCAAGUAACUGCUCAGGGUACUUGAAGGCCAUUUUUUUUUUU